UGUUUCUAAAUCGUGUAGUCACUGUGAGAAGCUAACAGCUAAUCAUAAACAAAGAAGGAGUUUAUAUUUUAAAGCUAGGGAUAGGUUUACCACCACAUCUUCAAAAUGUCUAUUAUGUCGUAUAACGGCGGUGCCGUCAUGGCCAUGCGGGGGAAGAACUGCGUGGCGAUCGCUGCAGACCGGAGGUUCGGCAUUCAGGCCCAGAUGGUCACCACAGACUUCCAGAAGAUCUUCCCCAUGGGAGACAGGCUGUUCAUCGGGCUGGCUGGGCUGGCUACUGAUGUCCAGACAGUAUCCCAGAGGCUUAAAUUCAGACUGAACCUGUACGAGCUGAAGGAGGGGCGUCAGAUCAAACCCAAAACCUUCAUGAGCAUGGUGUCCAACCUGCUGUACGAGAGGAGGUUCGGGCCGUACUACAUYGAGCCGGUGAUCGCAGGACUGGACCCGAAAACCUUGGAGCCGUUCAUCUGCUCCCUGGACCUGAUCGGCUGCCCGAUGGUGACGGAGGACUUCGUCGUGAGCGGGACCUGUUCGGAGCAGAUGUAUGGCAUGUGCGAGUCUCUGUGGGAGCCCGACAUGGAACCAGAGGACCUGUUUGAGACCAUCUCACAGGCCAUGCUGAACGCCGUGGACCGGGACGCCGUCUCCGGUAUGGGCGUGGUCGUUCACGUGAUUGAGAAAGACAAGAUCACCACACGGACCCUGAAGGCCCGAAUGGACUAAAGCUUGGCCCAUUAGAGAUGUUUUGUAUAAAAAUAAAUACGAUUCCUGUU